UCUAAUUCACUUGCACUACCAGAAUAGGCCCAUGUGGUGUGUACCAAAACCGGUCAACAUUCACCAACACCUACCCCUCUACGCUAAGGACUGUUAAUAUAUGCAAACUGUAACCUGUUAUGAUAGUUUCUUGGGACAACUAAAAAUCCGAAGAUGCUGAAAGAAGCAUUGGACGGCCAAGUAACAGUCGUGUGCGGUGCCAUCGCCGCUUCUAUCCAGAUCCAGGUUGAGCCGGUGGGCCGAUGGUUCGAGGCCUUCUUGAAGAGGCGUACCCGGAAUGUGUCGGCCUCGUUUCAGGAGCUGGAGGAAGAGGAGGAGCUGUCAGAGGAGUCUGACGAUGAAGAGUUCCAGCUGGAGGAAUACCCCCUGCUCAAGACCCUCGACCCCAAAGACUGGAAGAAUCAAGAUCACUAUGCCGUCCUAGGACUGGUCAAUCUGAGGUACAGAGCCACACAGAAGCAAAUCAAAGCUGCUCAUAAAGCAAUCGUGUUGAAGCACCACCCUGACAAACGAAAAGCUGCUGGAGAGACGAUCAUAGAAGGAGACAACGACUACUUCACCUGUAUCACUAAAGCAAUAGAGACGCUGUCGGACCCGGUGAGGAGGCGGGCCUUCGACAGCAUAGACCCCACCUUUGACAACGCCGUGCCCUCCAAGGGCGAGGCAAAGGACAACUUCUUCCAGGCCUUCGCACCCGUGUUCGACAGGAACGCCAGGUGGUCUACUAAGAAGCACGUCCCGAAGCUGGGCGGCCAGGACGCCACGUUUGAAGAUGUGGACAACUUUUACUCCUUCUGGUAUAAUUUUGACUCAUGGAGGGAAUUCUCGUACCUGGAUGAAGAGGAGAAGGAGAAAGCUGAAUGUCGUGACGAGAGGAGGUGGAUUGAGAAGCAGAAUCGAGCGUCCAGAGCGCAGAGGAAGAAGGAAGAGAUGAAUCGCAUCAGAACACUAGUUGACACUGCGUACAGCUGCGACCCGCGAAUAAAGAAGUUUAAAGAGGACGAGAAGAACCGCAAGGAGUCGGAGAAGAAAGCCAAGGCAGACGCCAAGAAGAGAGAGCAGGAGGAGAGGGAGAGGGCGCGUCAGGCAGAGAUGGAGGUUGCUCGUCUGGCUAAGGAGAAGGAGGAGGAGGAGGCCAAGCAGGCCGCCCUGGUGGCCAAGAAGGAGAAGGACAUGCAGAAGAAGGCCAUCAAGAAGGAACGGCAGAAACUCAGGACUACAUGCAAGAACUCUAACUACUUUGCAGACAACGAGGCGGAGAGUGUGAAGAUGAUGGAGGAGGUGGAGAAACUGUGUGACCGCCUGGAACUAGUCAGUCUGCAGUCCCUAAACGAGGUGUUGGCAUCCGGCAAUAAGGAGGACAGCAAAGCAGCACUGGAGAAACAGGUGCAGGAGGUGAACUCUGCUCUUCAGCGUGAGCGUGAGGCGGAGGUGGCUGCUCAGCAGGCGGCGCGGGCGUCAGCAGAACAGGCCAGCGGAGGGGGAGGGGGAGGAGGACGCGGAGGAUGGAACGAGGACGACCUCCAGCUACUCAUCAAGGCAGUCAACCUCUUCCCUGCAGGAACCAACGCCAGAUGGGAGGUCAUUGCCAACUACAUGAACUUGCACUCCACCAGCGGCCAAAGGCGAACCGCCAAAGACGUCAUCAACAAGGCAAAGAAUAUGCAGAAACUAGACCCCCACCAGAAGGACGACAUCAACAAGAAAGCCUUCGAGAAGUUCAAGAAGGAGCACGCAGCCGUUCCCCCCACCGUAGACAACGCAGUGCCCUCCGAGAGAUUCGAAAGUGCUGCGGAUGGGAAGGCUGGGGCGUGGACAGGUGAGGAGCAGAAGCUGCUGGAGCAGGCCCUGAAGACCUACCCUGUCAGCACGCCCGAGCGCUGGGAGAGGAUCGCUGAGGCCGUGCCCGGACGCACCAAGAAGGACUGCAUGAGGAGAUACAAGGAGCUGGUGGAGUUGGUGAAGGCUAAGAAAGCGGCCCAGGACGCGGCAAAGGCUAAAAAAUAAACACCAGGAAGACAAGACAAAACAAAACUCACAAACACAGGAAACCAGGAUUCACACACACACACACACGUACUGUACUGUACACACACCACGCGUGCACUGCACUCACCGAUACACACGUACAUCAAAUUACAUUACGUCACAACAACACAUACACCUCUGCUCUUUUACCAUUAUUGUGUUGGUCUUUAUUUUAUAAUAAAAGUUUAAAUGAAAUCUACAGAAACAUA